GUCGUCUGCGGAGUUGAGGCAGAGGAAUGUGAGUAGCGGAGGGAGUUGUGAUGUGCCUGCGGAGCAGGGUAGCGGAAUUCGGGAGAGCUCGACUUCGUCGACUGCAGGGCAGUGGAGGCCGGAGGAGAUGAAUGGGGGCGUCGCAAGACUGGAGACGAUGGAGAGCUUGGAUUGGAACAAAGUCAUAGCUCAGGGUCCGAAUCUUUUAAGAGAGGUCUCAUCUGCAGAAAGAUCACCCUUGAAAUACUUUAUGGGAGAGAUAUAUGGUGGCAAUUCCCUUAGAAGCACAGUUUCCGUAGGAAAUGAGAAGAAACGACAGAGGGUUUAUAACACUAUGUUUCACGUGCCGCUGAGAUGUGAAAGGUUCCAGAGGCCAAAUGCUGCUGAGUUAUCUGAUUUUGGUUGUUUUAUUGUGUUGGCGUGUGGAGUUAUAACUCUACAGUUGACAGAUAUCAGCCUAAUAUAUCAUAUCAUACGUGGACAAGGUACAAUCAAGCUUUAUGUGGUAUAUAAUGUGCUAGAGAUAUUUGAUAAACUCUGUCAGUCUUUUGGGGAAGAUGUUUUGCAAGUUCUCUUUAACUCUGCAGAGGGCCUUGCAAAUUGUUCAGAAGAUGAUCUAACAUUUGAACUACUGAGAUUCAUUUUUGAUGGCAUGAUAGCUGUUAUUGCUUUUAUCGUGCAUUCUUUCGUUUUAUUAGCUCAGGCUAUAACUUUAUCGACAUGCAUUAUUGCCCACAAUAAUGCUUUAAUGGCGUUACUGGUGUCAAGCAAUUUUGCUGAGAUCAAAAGUAAUGUAUUUAAACGCUUCAGCAAAGAAAACCUUCAGAAUUUGGCAUACUAUGACAUAGUGGAGAGGUUCCAUAUUACAGCAUUUGUACUUUUUGUGCUUGCUCAAAAUAUCUUGGAGGCAGAGGGACCAUGGUUUGAAAGUUUUAUGAUGAAUGCCCUGCUGGUUUACUUGUGUGAAGUGUUUAUCGAUACAAUCAAGCAUUCCUUCCUUGCAAAAUUUAAUGAAGUAAAGCCUGUUGCAUAUUCAGAGUUUCUUGAAGACCUUUGCAAACAGACGCUAAAUGAGAAGCCUGAAGAACGUCGACAAGACCUUACUUUCAUCCCUCUCGCACCAGCAUGUGUGGUCAUCCGAGUAUUGACUCCGAUAUAUUCAAACCUUCUUCCUUUUGGUCCCCUCACAUGGAGAUUGCUUUGGAUCCUCAUUUGGUCAAGCUUGACCUACAUCAUGCUCACUAUAUGCAAGAUACUAGUUGGUGUCAGCCUUCGCGGCCUUGCAUCUUGGUAUCUUGCCCAACGACAGAAAAAGAAACAACACAUUGAUUGAGGCCAAAGCUUUGCUUUUUCUUUACUUUGCGUUCAAGGGAGAAUCUUCUCAAGAGAUCUUUGUAUAUCUACUUCUUGGCGAUUUUUACUAUGGAGCUCCUGUACCAUUGCCUGUGACCUUGGUGUGUGCAAUCUUUUCGCAACGAGAAGAUUCUAGCUGCUAGUAACUCACCUGCUUUUGUUCAUUGGAUAUGCAUCCACUUUGCUCCUGAAGCAGAGUUCCGUACAUGCAUUCCACAGGGACAUAAUGAGAACAGGUGAUAUUUCCUUGCAUUCUUAGAAGCUGCAAUAUCAUAGAUUCUAUUGUGCCUACGGGAUUGGACUGCUCCCAGUUUUGCGUAUUAUAUGUGAUAUAAUAAUGUGGAUUUGGAAUAGAGGAAAGACUUGCGGACGAGUUGUCUAAGUGUACAGAUCCAGAUAUACCACACAAUCCUACUUUAGAUUACAAAUAUGUAUAAUUCAUAGAGGCAUAGAGAUGUCUACUUCCCGCGUUGAGUAAAAUCCCAAGUGUUCUUGGUUUUCAACAAUGAUGUAGAUUCUGGAAUGAAAAGAAACAAUUUUGGUGGUUAUUAUUCAGUUGAAAGUUGGACGAGGUACAAGGACUUCCCCAGAAACACACUCAAGUUUUUUCUUAUUUUCCACGAACAAUAGAGUGGUUCAUGCUUACUGACUAGUGGGUACAAAAAUCUCAAGUACAGAACAUGAGGAGUUCGCAUCCCAAAGCAACUCUCCACUUGGUUUGCAGACUAGCGGAUGGGCCAUGGUCGUUGGAUUGUUUCUCUUUGUUUGCACUUUCAAUUGAUGAAAAAAAUCACCUUCAGUUUACCUUAAAAUAGAAAUGGGUGCAAUAUGCUUUUAUAUGGUAAAUGUUAGUAUUUUGGAAUGGAUUGUAAUUGUAUAGUAAAGAACUGGAAUGUUGUAAUUUUAAGUUGUAAUCAAAAGCCGUGAUCUCUCCACUUA